AUGAGUUUUGUGCAUCUUACAGAGCCAAAGAGAGUCAAACCUGCCGAACAUUCGCAUGAGGGCGAAGCUAUUCAACUAGCGACGACCAGACAGCUGGCUUCAGGCGUGGGGCCAGACCGCGGCGACGAAGCUAUUUCGACUAGACCAGAAGAUAGCCAACACGUUACAGAGCUACCUCCUGUUGACCAUGGAUUUGGCGCUUGGUCUUUCCUGGUGGCGUGCUUCUUUGCGGAAACGAUUGUUUGGGGGUUUCCUAGUGCAUUUGGUGUCUUUCUAGAUGCAUAUUUGCGUGAUCCUCGCUUCGCAAACCAACGCAACGCGCGUUCCCUAUUGCCACUCACUGGAAACCUUACGUCUGGUAUCAUGUUCUGUGCAGGUCCGUUCGCACAUGCUGUGAUGUAUCGGUACCCUCAGUGGAGACAACAUGCGAUGUAUCUCGGGGCUGCCAUAUGUUUUACGAGCCUCUUUGCAGCCAGCUUUACUACUGAUAUUCGCUACCUAGUAUUUUACCAAGGCAUUCUUUACGCUUUAGGAGGAGUGCUGCUCUACAAUCCAUGCCUCUCGUAUACAUCCGAAUGGUUCGUUGUACGGCGUGGGUUUGCCAACGGCGUAAUCUACGCGGGGACGGCCGUCGGAGGCUUGAUUCUCCCGCUGAUACUUCCAAGCGUUAUUGAGCGUCAAGGGGCGGCAAAGGCUCUACGUAUGCUCGCUAUUGUUGUUGGCGCAUUCCUCUUGCCUGCCUUGCCAUUUCUCAAGGGACGUCUACCACCAGCAAGAGUCCAAGGCCCUUCGACUCGGUCGGUCUCGGGAAGGCUAUUCAGGAAUCCAGGAUUUCAUGUUGCACUGGGAAUGAAUACAUUUCAAGGAUUCGGAUAUUUCGUACCACUGGUUUGGCUUCCAACAUUCGCCACGGAGAUGAAGUUGAGCGCUACCAAUGCAUCGAUUGCGCUUGCUGUUCUCAAUGGCUCAUCUGUUAUUGGUCGACUUGGAGCUGGGACCCUCUCGGAUAUCAUAGACCCCUGGAUAUUGGCGCUCUCUACGCUACUUGGGAGCUGUCUCGCCACAUUUAUUCUCUGGGGGGUCCUAAGCCACACUUUGGGUGGGCUAAUUGCGUUCGGAUUCGUCUAUGGUUUAAUUGCCGGGGGAUGGACCAGUAUGUGGAAUGGCUUCAUCCGGCCCAUCUCGCCCGAUGAUCCAAAGUUAGCCACCAAGUUCAUUGGCUAUAUGAUGCUCUCUACAGGUGUUGGGAAUAUCCUCUCGACACCCAUCUCCACUGCACUGACAAAGCAGAACGCUUCCUCGAUGCAUGCCCGCCUAGGGUUCGACGUCGGGGGAGGAAAGUUUGAGAAUGUGAUUAUAUAUGCCGGGAUGUGCUUUGCAGUGGACACCAAACUUGGUCUCCUCUACAGCUCCAAUUUCAAGAUGGCAGACGCUGGCUUCUUCCGCGGAACCAAUGUCAACUCUGACAGCAGAUUCUCCGACAAGGAGCUCAAGUUGCUGAAGACGCUGCGGUUCCCACCUGAAUUCGAGAAAAAGGUGGACAUGAGAAAAGUCAAAUUAGAAGUUCUCAAGCCAUGGAUCAACACUCGUUUCACAGAGCUCAACGGAUUUGAGGAUGAAAUCGUUGCGUCGAUGAUCGUCGGACUUUUGGAGGACAAGGAGAACCCAAUGCCAGAUCCUCGUAAGAUUCAGAUUCAAGUUCAAGGCUUUCUGAAUAAAAAUGCGCCUGUUUUCAUGUCCGAGUUGUGGAAACUGCUCCUUGACGCGCAAAGUAAUCCUCAUGGAAUCCCACAAUCGAUGAUCGACGAACAAAAGGCAAAAUUCAUGGCUGGCGGAGGAGACCGAACAUCUCAGACUAUGGGCACCGAGGUGGCUACGAAAAUAGAGGUCGUGGCAGAGAUUUCGGAGAUAGAGGAGGUAGGGGAGGCGAGCGGCGAGGACGUGGAUUCCGAGGACGAGGUGGUGGGCGAUACGAUGGACCUCCACCAAGGAGGAGAUUUUCCCCGGAUAGACGUUCUAGGAGUCCACCUGGACGACGCUCUAGGAGUCCGCUUGGACGACGCUCUAGGAGCCCACCUGGAAGGCGUCACGAUAUUGGUGGAAGAUCUCGGUCUCGUUCACCUCCUAGACGUGGCUAUCGCUCACCUUCCCCUCGGCGUCGCUAUAGAUCACGUAGCAGGGAUAGUAGAGCGUCCUCUAGUAGAUCAAGAUCAAGGUCUCCACCCAGGAGAGGGGGAAAAUACUCCAGGUACUCGCGGUCACGCUCAGGAUCCAGGAGCUCGCUGCCAAGAAAACGAAAGGGAAGAUCCUCCUCUCAAGGUCAAGCGCGAGCAUUCGCGUACCCGCGACAGAAGCCCGCCACGACGGUACCAAGGUGGAAAGGGGCGGUCCAGAACUCGGUCUAGCUCUCCACCGCGAAAACGUCGCUCUCUCUCGGCGACUCCUCCUAUGAAGCGCGAGUCGCCAUCGCGUUCGGUUGCUUCGUCUCGCUCGAGAAGUAGGACACCGGCCAAGGCGGAUAUGGACAUGGACGGCAGUCAAGGAGUCGACCUUGACCGGCUUGAGAGCGAGGCCAAAGAAAAGGUUCUGCGGGCAAAGGCUCUCAAAGCACGCCAGGCUGGAAUGAAAAAAUAA